AUGUUCUAUACUAAGAAGAUAGAAGAUAACGAAAUGAGCAAAAUGGAGGUUGAUAAUAAUUUAAACAACGAUUUGCCUUGGGUUGAGAAGUACAGGCCGAAUCAGUUAUCUGACGUUGUCAGCCAUACGGAUAUAAUACAAACGAUUUCAAAUUUCAUUGAUAAAGAGCGCUUGCCGCAUCUUUUGUUCUACGGUCCACCGGGAACUGGUAAGACUUCUACUAUCCUCGCAAUUGCCAGAAAAAUCUACGGCACAAACUAUAAAAGAAACGUCUUGGAGUUGAAUGCUUCCGAUGACAGAGGUAUUGAUGUCGUACGCGACCAGAUCAAAUCGUUUGCUCAGACGCGCACUCUGUUUUCAAAUGGCUUCAAGCUUAUUAUACUCGAUGAGGCUGAUCUUAUGACACAGCAAGCACAGGGUGCUCUUAGGAGAAUAAUCGAGCAUUAUACACCAACAACGCGGUUCUGUAUAAUCUGCAACUACGUAAACAAGAUUACUCCUGCCAUUCUAUCGAGGUGCACUAGAUUCAGAUUUUCACCUCUCCCUAAACAGCAUUUACAUGCCCGCUUAACUGAGGUUGUUGAUAGAGAGGCAGUUGAAAUUGACGAAGAUGCAAAAGAUGCUUUGCUGAAUCUCACUAGAGGUGAUAUGAGGCGUGCUUUGAACGUCCUUCAAGCGUGUCAUACUGCUUGUGCGCCAGAGAAGAUUACAGCGGAUGACGUAUUUAAUGUUACAGCAUCACCGCCACCAUCAACUAUUGAAUAUCUUAUCAAGAGUAUGAUGAAUGAUGAUAUAUCCACCUGUUAUCAGCGCGUACACACUCUUAAGAGGCAGAAUGGACUUGCCCUGCAAGAUAUUAUAACCGGUGCUUAUGAAUACAUACAGCAAAUUGAAUUCCCAAGGGCUACACGAUUGCAUUUAUUAGAAAAUCUUGCUGAAAUAGAAUACAGGUUGUCUACGGGAUCUUCAGAAACAAUACAGCUCAGUGCACUUAUCGCUUCGUUCAAACUGGGAAUUGAUAUUGCAGCAAAAGAAACUUAA